AUGGCGGAAUCAAACCGGGCUUGUGUGUGGGUAGGACCGAGACAGGUCGAGGUUCAGCAAAGACCGAUUGAACCUGUCGGCGAGAACGAUGUCCUCGUCAAAGUGAUCUCAACCGGCAUCUGCGGCUCGGACUGCCACAACUGGGAGAGCGCCUCGGUAUCCAAGCAGCUCGUCCUUGGACACGAGUCCUCGGGUAUAAUUGAGAAGGUCGGCCCCGCUGUCAAGGACCGGACCGUAGGCCAGCGCGUGGCAGUAGAACCUGGCUUCGCGUGCAUGACUUGCGAGUUCUGUGUUCGGGGGAAUCCUAAUAUUUGUGCGAAUCUAAAGUACUGUGGAUUGGAUCCAACCGACGGCACAUUAAGCCAAUAUGUUACUGUCAAGUCAUCGAUGACAGUUCCCAUACCGGAGAAUGUGUCCUGGGAAGAGGCCGGCUCUAUUCAACCACUUGCCAUUGCCGUCCAGCUCGGACGGCGAGCGAGCUUGAACGCGCACCAAACUAUGGCUAUCUUCGGCUGCGGUCCUCUAGGCCUUCUUAUACUUGCAGUCGCCAAAGCCUAUGGUGUCCGAAAGGUCAUUGUAUUUGAUAUCGAACAAUCGCGAGUCGACUUCGCAGUAAAAUAUGGUGCCGAUACCGGUGUCGUACCCCCUCAAAAGGGGCAAGGCAUCGAAUCGCUUGCCUUUGCCCAGGACUACGCAAACCAGAUAGUCAAGCAGCACGAUAUUGGCAGUGGGUUCGACAUCGCCGUAGAGGCCAGCGGAGCCGAGAUCUGCUCACAGAUGGCUAUAUGCAUGCUCAAAAAUGGUGGUACAUGUAUCCAGGCAGGACUGGGCAAGCCGCUUACAUCGGUCCCACUGUUCCUGUUGACUGCGAAAGAGCUCAGUAUCAAAGGCAUUGUCAGGUAUACUCCUGGCUGUUUUGCGGAUGCGAUUGACUUACUGAGCAGAAAGAAGGUGGACCUGAAGCCUCUUAUUACAUCAACAUAUCCGUUGACUAGAUGCUCAGAGGCCUUUGAAGCGCAGCAUGCUCGCAAGGAAAUCAAGAUUGUUAUCAUGAACCAAGAAUGA